AAUGCUUCUAAUGAUUCAUCCAUUGUCCACUCACAUAUGCCUUCGUCUCCGCCAUCUAUUGUACCACGCAGAUAUACGUACACAGCUCAUCUUCGUCAACAGCGCCAGCUGAAUCCAGAUGUUACUCAAACACCAUCCAUUGUGUUUUCCUCACCGUCUUUACCACCGCCAAUACGUGGUGCACGAGGCCAGCCAGCUCUGGCUUUGGCACCAGAACAAAGUCAACGCCCAACACUUUCUCCGACUGUUCGUGCUGGACGUGCUCUGCAACAUGUCGUUGUGCCUUCCUCGCCAAGAAGCCGCUCCCAAAGCUUAGGGAGCCCAUUUAAAAGCCCAGCAGCUGACAGAAAGUCGCUUUCAAGCGCAUUACGGCAAUCACGUCCUUCCCCUUUGCAAGAACGACGUGCGGGACCGCUUCCAAGACUUGAUUUAAAUUGUGAACUGGCUGAAGUUUCUUCUCAGAGAUGCCUGUGGAAAGGUUCGAAUCCACAAGAGGAUCCGUUCAGCAGCCAUGGCCUGUCUCAGACGAGGCCGCCUUCUCCCGUAGAGAAGCAGCAAUACAGUCUCGACCUUCCGGAUCAACACCGUUAUUCUGACCCUCGGCUUUCCCGCAUUAGAUCAGAAGCCGAUUCACCCAGAAGUGAUGCUAUGAGCUGGCAAGCUGAAGAGGAGAUUUCUCUGCCCGAGGGGACGACAUCCAUCUCUAAUGUCGCGAUACCGGCGGCCAGUUCGCGAGGAUGUUUACGGGGGAGUGAAUGCAGCAGGAAUAGUGCAAUGACUUCGGAGCAAAGAUAUGCUGCAGAGAGAGAGGCAGUGAGACAGCAAAUUGUCUCCGCUGAUUCUAGUAAGGUCAUUGUAAUUGACUCAGACGACGAUGAGGUGAAUGAUGAUCAUGGUCACGAGGAUGAAGAUUUUGACCUGCUGUUGGAGACAUUGAACUCUUCUUCACCAGCAGUUCAACCGCCACAGGAGCCCGUCAAGAAUGCUCUCGAAAAGACAAGACGAAGCAAGAUACCAAGCCCAUGGAGAAAGAACAGUAAAAGACUGGUCUACAGCGAUGAAUUAUCCCGACUUGACUGUCCCAUUGCCGGAAGAGUUGCUGUUGUCAAAGGCCUCGCGAAGGACUUAGUGACAGAAAUCGCAUCUCAACCAGUAACAGUUCGGCGAAUUGUGACGCCGAUAUACAGUGAUGAGACAGAUCCUGCUGAUCUCUCCGGAUUCCAAAUACCACAGAAGUCAAACUUCAAGCCUCGAGUCCGCGAAAGCAAUCUUGAUCUUUCCGCACUGCUUGCUUCACCUGAGAAGCCUCUUCCAAAGCUCACUACAAGCUCAUGGCAGCCUUCGUUUCAGCAGGAUUCUUCUUCGAGCCAAGUGUCCUGCACAGAGAAGCCCAGGGAGAUUCCAAAAUCAUCUGAGGCUGGAUCUGGACAUGUCACUAGAUUUACACCAAUUCCUCAAAAGUCUGGUUUCAACCCCCGAGCUCGGGCAGAACUUUCAUCCUCGCCCAUCAAGCAGACGUCUUUUGCUCCUACCAUUUUCGGCGGCCCCAUGAAAACCAGCCUGGCUCGUACCCUAUCCAGUUUACCACAGCCAUCUUCGCCAGUCUCCAGGCCGCUCCACAGUUCAUCUCCGAGCAGAACCAACAGUCUCUCUGCUCUGCACACCCCCUCGAAUCAACUAUCCCCAUCAAUGUGCAGUGAGGAGUCUCAUUCUCCUUCGCUGAUUUCAAAUGAGGAGAAAGAAAACCAACCCACACAAAACCGAACCCUGAAAUGGACCGAAUCUCUGCGUCUUCAAUCAACCACCGCCCUUGUACAGACCCCACUACCAACAACCUCGCCCACCAAGUCUUGUCUGCGUUCCCCUCUCAAGACUCCCUCCGCCAACUACGACUCUGGGAAGGCAAGUCCAAACAAAGAAGUCACUUUUGUCUCCUCGUCACCCAUCCCUAAUUCCCCAGUCACCGCGCCUUUGUCCUCAACAAAAUGGUCAAAAGACCAUUGGCGCCUCCUGGACUCCAUCCUCCAGUCAUGGAAGCCAGAGAAUCAAUCACCUGCCUCCUCUUCUGACUCGUCAGGAGAAGGAAGCAGAAGCGAACAACCAAGAAAGAGACGCAAUUCAACGAGGGUGAUUAGUAAAUUGUUGGGCAAGAAGGUGUCAAGUCAAGGCGAGAGCAUGCGUUUCGAGCAAUGGCAUUUGGAGGCUGUGGAUGAGUUCCGUGGCUGCGUUCCAGGAUGGGAGGAGAAGGUUGUUGCGAUGAGAGUGUUUGCUUUGAUUGUUGGGGAGGAGAGAAGAGCGUUGGGGUUGGUAGGAUCAAGUAGUCAGGAUGAUUGGCGUAACGAAACCAGGUAA